AUGGAGAUGACGCCGACAGGCAUCACGCUGAACGACCAGCAGAGGGACAGGAUCGCUGGCCUGCUGGCCCUGGAGGUUCAGGAACUAUCAUCCAUCUUUUUGCAACUCCAGGAUGCAACCCAGGCUGCUGCGGCUUCGAACAAGCUCUUCCAGCAACUUGACGCUAGGGCAACCCAGCUUGCCGGAGCAGACUCCUGGAAAGUGGAAGCAGAGGAAGCCAAAGCCUCCCUUACAACGGAAAAGAUUAAUUAUGAGCAACGCCUCCAGCAACAGGAAACCAAGAAUAAUGCGUUCAAGUCCCAACUCACAAUAACACGGCAAAAGCUUCAAGCAAAAACAAAAGAGGCAGAAGAGUCUGCCGCCAAAAAAUCUGAAUUGGAGGCACAGCUGUCGAAUCAACAUAGCGGAUCGAUGCAUGCAAAUGUCGAGCUCGAGGCUUCCAAGGCAAGGAUCGAGGCUCUUGAAGGCGAGAAGAGAGAGCUUGUCGCGGCUUUUGAUCGGAAGGUGGGCGAACUGGAAGAAAUGAACAAGGACUAUCAGGCCAUGUCGACUCGCUAUCAGGAGCUCCGGAAAGAGUCGUCCAAGCUUGAAUCUGAGGCGCGCGAAGCCAAGGCUGCAGAUAUGUCACGCAAGCUUCAUACGCAAUCAGUGGAGCAGGAAUUGGAAUUGUUGAAGCAACGCGCAGAGUGGACUAACUCAGAAUUGAAGGCAAAGUCGACAGAGUUCGCCAGUUUCAGGACAGACAAGUCGGCUCAGAUUUUGAAGCUUCAGUCGGAUCUCGAUCAAUCUCGUAUGGAGGCGACAUCAGCCAAGCAGUCCAACACCUUCCACGAGAGACGUGUCCAAGAGUUGCAGACAAAGCUCGAUGAGUCAAACAAAUUGGCCAAGGACCUCGAUGAGAAGAAGCUUAUUCAGGAGGAGCAGUUCAGAACUGAGAUUGAGACUCAGAGACGUCUUGGUGAACUUUGGGAGCGUGAGGCCAAGGACACCAAGGGUCGCAUUGCAGAUCUUGAAGGUAUUCACAACACCAGUGUGGUCUUGAUGCACUGUGUCGUAUUUUGCAAAGGAUGUUAA